CCCCCUGGUCUUUUCGUCCAGUAGCAGCGAGCAGCGAGCAGCAACCAGCUACCACCAGAUUCACCAUCUCACCAGUUAUAGUUAACUGCGUCUUUUUUUGUUAGUCGCUGCGAAAAUUUUUUUAUUUAAAUAAAUUUAAAAAGUGUUUUAAAUAAUUAAUAAUACUUUUUUAAAAUAAUAAACGAUGGAAGACAAGUCGAAAGUUGAUCAGUACUACACACCACCGCCUAAACUUGGUAAAUGGGAGGCAUUUAGUACCUUCCUGUGGAAUUCUGAAACAGGACAAUUUCUUGGACGAACAGGAUCAAGUUGGGCAAAGAUAUUGCUCUUUUAUGUAAUAUUCUAUGGAGUGCUCACUGGAUUCUUCGGAGCAAUGUUGGCAGUGUUUUAUCAAACUCUCGACCACAAAGCACCCAAAUGGCAGAUGGAAAAAUCUUUGAUUGGCGACAAUCCGGGACUUGGUUUUCGACCGAUGCCGCCUGUCAGCAAUGUUGAGAGUACUCUUAUUUGGUACAAAGCAAGCAACAAAGGAAAUUACGAAAACUGGAGCAACGCUAUUGACAAAUUUUUAGAAGAAUACCAACCACCUAAACCAGGAAGCAUGGCAUCACCGGCUGUCCAGCAAAUAAUUGAAAACCGUAUGCACUGUGAUUACGGUAAGCCUCCAGCGCCUGGAAAAGCCUGCGAGGUUGACCUAGAAAAGUUUUCUCCGUGCACUGGACCCAAGCAGUACAUGUACCCCGACUACCAGCCCUGUAUAUUCUUAAAAUUAAACAAGAUUUUUGGAUGGCAACCACAGUUUUACAACGACACGGAAAACCUUCCAGCAAACAUGCCAAACGACCUGAAGGCCCGGAUCAAGGGAGCCAAGAUGCGAAACCCCGAGGAGUUGCAGACCAUCUGGGUGUCGUGCGAGGGCGAAAACCCUGCAGAUAUCGAAAACAUCGGACCUAUUCAAUACAAGCCGCGCUCUGGAUUCCCUGGAUUUUAUUUCCCGUACACAAAUUCACCGGGAUACCUCAGUCCACUUGUCGCAGUGUGGUUUGAAUCUCCCAAACGUAACGUACUUAUCAACAUUGAGUGCAAAGCAUGGGCUCGAAACAUUAUUCACGAUAGGGUAGAUCGACGUGGCUCCGUCCACUUUGAGCUCAUGAUUGAUUAAAUAUAUUUAUUAAUUAAUCUCAGUGAUUGCUAAGUCACCACACAGCAACUUAAAAAAAAAAAAAAAAAAAAAAUUAAAAAAAAAACCAAAAAAAAAAAGUCUACUUAAUGCUUUUGUUAUUAUUUUUAUUCAAUCAUUUUCUUUCUUGAGGGAAAAGAAAAAAAAAUUUUAAUUGUGUGGUGAUUGUGUUUUGUAUCUUCACUGCCGUGUUACCACGUCAAUAAUUAUCAUUAUUAUUUUUUAUUUAUCGAUAUAAUUUUAAUAAAAAUAAUAAUGCACAAAAUAAUUGUUUUGUCAUCGAGAAAGAUAAUGAUUGAUUAAUUGUUUAAUGUCGAGAUUUUAUUUAAUUUUUUUGUACUUAAUUUAAUUAGCAUCUCACUAUCUGUUAGAAAAAUUAAACAGCAUAUAAUAAUAAUAAUAAUAAUAAUAAUAAUAAUAAUAAUAAUAACAUUAAUAUUAAUAAUAAUAAUAAUAUACGUUUGUCUAUAGAAUUAGACGAGUUGAAAAAAAAAAAAAAAUAAAUAAAUAAAAAUUCUAAAUGUAAUUGCUGAUGAUUCAUCACGCUUUUAUAAUCUAAUCUGCGUACUUUAUUAAUUAAUAUUCGAAAUUAUUUGCGCAAUGUACCAACUUAGGAAUAAAAUGUGAAAAAAUUUCACUAGUCAAAAAAA